AUGGCGAAGAUCCUCCUACCGGGAGAUCAAAUCCCAUCAGAUCAACUACCAAAGUCCAAGAAAGGCACAUUAACUCUUGGUCCACAUCUCCGCCAUAUUCCUCCAUCAACAAUCCUCUCCACCACCUCCGGCACAUUACAUACCGACCACAAGAAAUCUGCCAUCUGGAUCGAGCACGAGAAUGGACGAUACGUUCCAGCAGUAGGGGACUUAGUCAUUGCACAAGUCCAUCAUGGAAGCACGGACUACUUUCACUGUGCCUUGACACCACAUACUGCAUACGCCGUGCUUGGGCAAUUGGCGUUCGAAGGAGCGAGCAAGAAAACCCGCCCUCAACUUAAAUCCGGCGACCUAGUCUAUGCCCGCGUCUGUCGAAGCUCGAAAUGGGAAGAAACUGAAAUCGAAUGCGUCAAUUCUAACACCGGAAAGGCUGAGGGUAUGGGACCUUUGAGCGGUGGGAUGCUCUUUGAUAUCUCGCCUGGAUUCGCAAGGAGGCUGAUGUUGGGUGCGAAGAAGGGCGGAAUCGGAAUUCUGGACGAAGUGGGAGAGAAGGUGAAAUUUGAGGUUGCUGUGGGAAGGAAUGGAAAGGUUUGGGUUGAUAGUGGGAGUGUAAGAGAGACGGUCGUGAUUGGGAGAUUACUGAAGAUGUGCGAUGAGGAGGGUUGGGAUCGGGAGAGGCAGAAGAGGGAGGUUAAGGCUGCUUUGAAGGGUGUUGCCGGGUGAAGAGCUUUGGACGGAUUGAGAAUGAACUUUUGAUUUGAUGUGAUACCCAGAAUGCAGUGGAAUAAUGUACAUGGCUAGACAAGAGCAAGAAGGGAUGGUUGAUCUUCGCGAGGUGCCGCUCCAGCUGGUGAGGAAAGUCGAGGUCACGCAGCGCAGAAAGCCUGGAAUCUGCCACGAUAAUCCCUCCGACCCUCGAGCGAGACGAUGCUUGUCCGAGGACUCAGAGCUCACAUACUGAUCGCUCCAUGCCUCUUCCGCAUCUUAACCAUCGCCGGCUCACACCUCGCCUCAGCCACAAGCUCAAUCAAAUCCCGAUCCCUCAAAGACUUAACCAAACCCUCAAGCGCAUCAGCCUGAAGCCUCCAACCUUCACCCAUGGCACCAAUAAUCAACCCAUUCAAUCUCAUCGGAGUAUGCCGCACCACACACUGACCAAACUCCUCCGACCCAGGCAAAACACAACAAGCAGCCCGAUGAAUCUCAACCGUAGGCCCAG